UGUGUUUGGUUAGUGAGCAGAGGCGGCGUCGUUACCGGUUCUUGAGGCACCGACUACCGGGCUGCUCACAACCAUUAUUCACACUUUUAUGUGUAAAGCUCUUCACAGGUCGUGGCGAGCGAUGACGGCGUUACAGUUGGAGCAGACGAAGGAGACCUUCCGGUGUGCAGAAGCCGUCUGCUUUGAUGUGGACAGCACAGUGAUCAGAGAGGAGGGCAUUGACGAACUGGCCAAGUUUUGCGGGGUUGGAGACGCCGUCACAGAGAUGACUCGCAAGGCCAUGGGAGGAUCCGUGACGUUCAAAACGGCUUUGACGGAGCGCCUGUCCAUCAUCAAGUGUUCAAGGGAACAAGUCAACAAACUGAUAACAGAUCACCCUCCUCAGCUGACUCCAGGUAUUAAGGAGCUUGUAGAGAGGCUACAUCAACGCAACGUGAAGGUCUUCCUCAUUUCUGGAGGGUUUCGCUGCAUUGUGGAGCAUGUAGCCACUCAGCUUGGCAUUCCUCUUGACCACGUUUAUGCCAACCGCUUGAAAUUUUACUUUAAUGGAGAGUAUGCAGGAUUUGAUGAAACACAGCCUACAGCGGAAUCCGGAGGCAAAGGCAAAGUGAUCAGCCUGCUCAAGGAGAAGUACGGCUUCGAGAGAAUAGUGAUGAUCGGCGACGGCGCCACCGACCUCGAGGCCUGCCCGCCCGCUAGUGCUUUUAUUGGAUUUGGUGGCAACGUGGUACGGCAGCAGGUAAAAGAGAAGUCGUCCUGGUACGUCACGAGUUUCGGAGAGCUGAUGAAAGAGCUGGAGAAGAUUUAACACACGCUUCUAGUCUGAAACGUUUCGCCGUCGACAGCUCCGUGUGCCUUUAUGCUAAUUUGACUGACUGCACAGUUCUACCUAUUGCACAGUUUUUAGUAUGGCUGGAUUUUAUUCUUUUAUUGUAUUCUAUGAAGAAUUUAUAAACACUACAGUGUUUGCACAGCGUAGCAGACAAGCGCUAAUAUGCUAAUGUAGUCUAACACUGAUCAAAGUCUUAUGUUAUGUUGUUAUGUUAACAUCAUCUUUAAUUGUAAUUUCUCGUUUAACAUGUUUAUUAUAACAAUACUGUAGAUCUUAUUUACAUUAUCAGAUUAAAAAAUAUCUAUUUAUGCAGUUUCCUCCCAAUCUAGUCAUACCCAGUUACCCAGUUGGUCUGAAGUGGGACGUACUGUACCUAACACACACCCCCUCUGUCACGUGUACUAUACAAGCUGGGUCUUUUUACCAGCAUGAGGCAGGUUCACACGGGGAGCGUCACACGCUGCUCUCCGUCAUUCCCCGUCUACUAGCAAGUAGAGGCUGCAAUUGCACUAGAAAUGAGGAUCCUAUAAGCCAAUUAUGGUGGUGUAGGUCCGGCCAGCCAAUAGCAGAGCUGAAAUGUGGGCCAGUGAUAGCUCAGUGGUUAAGGUACUGGACUAGUAAACAGAAGGUUGCCAGUUCAAGCCCCGCCACCACCAAGUUGCCACUGUUGGGUCCCUGAGCAAGGCCCUUAACCCUCAGCAUCUGCUAAAUGCUGAAAAUGUAAAUGUAAAAUGUGAACCUGAGCAGUAGUGAUUCAUAGCUGCGCCACCUUUUUUUUUUUUUUUUUUUUUUACACACAAUAUAUGCAUUGUCUGUGUUGCUAAAUGAGAGUUUGGUUCGGUGCUUAGCAAAGAGACAUUAAAAUGUAUUUGAAAUGA